UCUUUCGCUGCAGACAAAAUUACCUAAGCGGUAGAAGUUUCGUUCAUUAUUAGUUCCCCGCUAAAUAAGACCAACAAAUUUUUGCAAAACGAACAAUGGCUUCGAUCUGUGGACGCAUGGCGCUCCGUGCCGCUGCACGCCAGAACGUUACAUACACGCCCGUGCGCUUCUGCAAAAUGAUGAACGACCCCUUGGAGCACGCCACGGGUAUUGAGAAGCGCGAGCUGCUAGCCAAAGCCGCCGGCAACGAUAAUCCUUUCGACAUGAAGGUGUUCAAACGCGGUGCUGGCACCAAGGAGAAUCCCAAUUUGAUUCCAUCUGCCUUCGAAGCACGUAUUGUGGGCUGCAUCUGCGAGGAGGACCAGACCUAUGUUCAAUGGAUGUGGCUGCAGAAGGGCAACCAGAAACGUUGUGAAUGCGGCCACUGGUUCAAGCUGGUGGAGAAAGCAGCUGUUUAAAGUUAUUAUUAAUUAAUUAAAAUAAAUCAAUUAAUUAAACAAAGAACACAACCACAACUACUAAGCUAAAAGUCAACAAGUUAGCUAUCCAAAUAAAAAGAAACACAACAUCAACCCAAAAACCACAAAAGUCGAAACGAUAUGCAAUUCUAAAUGGGAUGCCACGCCUCCAAUUAGUUUUUUGAUUUUCAUUCACUCCGACUCCGCCAUCAUCGCUGGAACAUAAAGAUUUAUGAUUACCUCGAUCUGCAUUGUUUGAUGGAUGGACAGAUUAUUGUAGAUUGCAAUUACAUACUUAAUUUAGUUUAUAACCAAUAAAGUCGAACGAAAUGUUGCGAGUGAUGAUUGAAA